AACCUCCGUGGCUGUGUACCCCACACGCAUAGAUGCACUUUGUCGGUGCCGGAAGUCCGGGGCACGUGACUGGGUGACAGCGCUUGCCUAGCUGCAGGUCUCGUUUUAGGUGCUGCGGCACGGGAUGGCGGAGGCGCCUCCUGUCUCAGGUACUUUUAAAUUCAAUACGGAUGCUGCUGAGUUCAUUCCUCAGGAGAAAAAAAAUUCUAGUCUAAAUUGUGGGACUCGAAGACCGGACUUGAAUAGAAUUGGCAGAAGAAAUUAUAGUUCAUCACCUCCCUGUCACCUCUCCAGGCAGAUCCCUUAUGAUGACAUCUCUGCUGUUCAUCAGCACAAUUAUCCUUCUGGAAGCAAACCUAAAAGUCAACAGACUUUUUUCCAGUCUUCUUUAAAUAAAUCACUCAAGAACCAUGGUCUUCAGAAUCAACCUUGGCAAAAGUUGAGGAGUGAAAAGCACUAUACCAGAGUCAAGAAAGCACAAGGGCUCAGUGACCAGACCUCAGAUACAGCUAGUUUAGAAAGUGUGACUAUAUCAGAGAGUGGGACAAAUCCCAGAGAGCACAGCCCUUCUGAGAAUGAGAAGGAAGUUAUCAGCGCAGAUCCCAGGGGAGCAAAACCCAAAAAAGCAGCGCACUUUGUAUAUAGCUAUGGUAGAGGACCAAAAGUCAAGGGGAAACUCAAAUGUGAAUGGGGUAACAAAAUAACUCCCAAACCUGAGGAUACUGGACCUGAAAAUGCUAAACCUGUGGGGACCUCCCACCCUGAUUCUUCAGAUGCAUCCUGUAAAAAAGGAGUAUUGGAUGGGUAUGGAGCUAGACGAAAUGAACAGAGAAGAUACCCGCAGAAGAGGCCUCCUUGGGAAGUGGAAGGGGCCAGACCACGACCAGGCAGGAAUCCAUCAAAACAGGAGGGUCAACGACAUGUAAAUACAGGACCCAAAAACAACAUGGCUUCCAUACCAAAGGAUAAUCUCAGUGAAAGACCAACAAAAUCAGCCUGUGACAGGGGGAAUUUGGCAGUCAUCAACAAAUCUUCCAGAAGGGUUGACCAAGAGAAAAAUGCUGUAAGGAGGCAGGACCCUCAAGUGAUAACCCCUAUCCUUCGAGGCAAACAGAACCAUGUGCUGAAGAAUGUGGAAACACAUACAGGUUCUCUGAUUGAACAACUAACAACAGAAAAAUAUGAGUGCAUGGUAUGCUGUGAAUUGGUUCGCGUCACAGCUCCGGUGUGGAGUUGUCAGAGCUGCUAUCAUGUAUUUCAUCUUAACUGCAUAAAGAAAUGGGCAAGGUCUCCAGCAUCUCAAGCAGAUGGCCAGAGUGGUUGGAGGUGCCCUGCCUGUCAAAAUGUUUCUGCACAUGUUCCUAAUACCUACACUUGUUUCUGUGGCAAGGUAAAGAAUCCUGAAUGGAGCAGAAAUGAAAUUCCACAUAGUUGUGGUGAGGUUUGUAGAAAGAAGCAGCCUGGCCAGGACUGCCCACAUUCCUGUAACCUCUUGUGCCAUCCUGGACCCUGCCCACCUUGCCCAGCUUUUAUGACUAAAACAUGUGAAUGUGGACGGACCAGGCACACAGUUCGCUGUGGUCAGGCUGUUUCAGUCCACUGUUCUAACCCAUGUGAAAAUAUUUUGAACUGUGGUCAACACCACUGUGCAGAGUUGUGCCAUGGGGGUCAAUGCCAGCCAUGUCGGAUCAUACUGAACCAGGUAUGCUACUGUGGCAGCACUUCUCGAGAUGUGUUAUGUGGAACAGACACAGGAAAAUCUGAUGGAUUUGGGGAUUUCAGCUGUUUAAAGAUAUGUGGCAAGGACUUGAAAUGUGGCAGCCAUACAUGUUCUCAAGUGUGCCACCCUCAGCCCUGUCAGCCUUGCCCACGGCUCCCCCAUCUGGUGCGCUUUUGCCCUUGUGGCCAAACUCCGCUCAGCCAAUUGCUAGAGCUUGGAAGUAGUAGUCGGAAAACAUGCAUGGAUCCUGUCCCUUCAUGUGGAAAAGUAUGUGGCAAGCCUCUGCCUUGUGGUUCCACAGAUUUCAUUCAUACCUGUGAAAAGCUCUGCCAUGAAGGAGAUUGUGGACCAUGCUCGCGCACAUCAGUUAUUUCCUGCAGAUGCUCUUUCAGAACAAAGGAGCUUCCAUGUACCAGUCUCAAAAGUGAAGUAGAUGCUACAUUUAUGUGUGACAAGCGGUGUAACAAGAAACGGUUAUGUGGACGACAUAAAUGUAAUGAGAUAUGCUGUGUGGAUAAGGAGCACAAGUGCCCUUUGAUCUGUGGGAGGAAACUCCGUUGUGGCCUUCAUAGGUGUGAAGAACCUUGUCAUCGAGGGAACUGCCAGACAUGUUGGCAAGCCAGUUUUGAUGAAUUAACCUGCCACUGUGGUGCAUCAGUGAUCUAUCCUCCAGUUCCCUGUGGUACUAGGCCCCCUGAAUGUACCCAGACUUGUGCCAGAGUUCAUGAAUGUGACCAUCCAGUGUAUCAUUCUUGUCAUAGUGAGGAGAAGUGUCCCCCUUGUACUUUCCUAACUCAGAAGUGGUGCAUGGGCAAGCAUGAGUUACGAAGCAACAUCCCCUGUCACCUGGUUGAUAUCUCUUGCGGAUUGCCCUGCAGUGCCACGCUACCAUGUGGGAUGCACAAGUGUCAGAGACUCUGUCACAAAGGAGAAUGUCUUGUGGACGAGACCUGCAAGCAGCCAUGUACCAUCCCCAGAGCUGACUGUGGCCACCCAUGUAUGGCGCCCUGCCACCCUGGCUCACCCUGCCCUGUGACUGCUUGUAAAGCCAAGGUAGAGCUACAGUGUGAAUGUGGGCGGAGAAAAGAAAUGGUGAUUUGCUCUGAAGCAUCCAGUACUUAUCAAAGAAUAGCUGCAAUUUCUAUGGCCUCUAAAAUAACAGACAUGCAACUUGGAGAUUCAGUGGAGAUCAGCAAGUUAAUUACCAAGAAGGAAGUUCAACAAGCCAGGUUGGAAUGUGAUGAGGAGUGUUCAGCCUUGGAAAGAAAAAAAAGAUUAGCAGAGGCAUUUGAUAUCAGUGAUGAUUCUGAUCCUUUCAAUGUACGUUCUUCAGGGUCAAAAUUCAGUGAUAGCUUGAAAGAUGAUGCCAGGAAGGAUUUAAAGUUUGUCAGUGACAUUGAGAAGGAAAUGGAAACUCUUGUGGAGGCCGUGAAUAAGGGAAAGAAUAAUAAGAAAAGCCACUGCUUUCCUCCCAUGAACAGAGACCACCGCCGGAUCAUCCAUGACCUGGCCCAAGUUUAUGGCCUGGAGAGCGUAAGCUAUGAUAGUGAACCGAAGCGCAACGUCGUGGUCACUGCCAUCAGAGGGAAGUCCAUUUGUCCUCCUACCACGCUGACAGGUGUGCUUGAAAGGGAAAUGCAGACACGACCUCCACCUCCAAUUCCUCAUCACAGACAUCAGACAGACAAGAAUCCUGGGAGCAAUAAUUUUCAGAAGAUAGCAAAGGAGCCAGUAAUUGACUAUUUUGAUGUCCAGGACUGAGAAGAUCAAGAGGCACUUAGAUAAAAGAAUGAUUAGGUAUAGUGGAGACUCAUUUGCCAGCAGAUAAAUUCAAGCUUGUUUUUUACUGCCUGGCAGAAUCACAGCCUCACAUGCUGUCUUGUACUGAUACAUCCAAGGCAUGAAUGUGUCAGAAAUUCCCUUGUCUAUUCCUGUCUGUAUAAAGUGUUUCUUUAUACAGAAUGUAUGGCCAGAUCUCUGAUUGUAUGGUCAUUAGGUUUUUAGUCAUGUAUUUGAGGCUCCUCAUACCAUCACUAUGAUUGCUCUGAUGGUUGGAGGAAUAUUGGACUUUAUUUGGAAAAAAGAAUUUUAGCCUCAAACUGGCCUUAUGGCACCUAGUCGUAGUGUCAGUUGUCCAGUUGUUAAUCCUGAAAAUGCCUGCAAUAUCAAGUGGACCUCACUUUUUUUAUGUGAAAAGUCACGAGCAAAUCUCUCAGUCUGAAAUACUGAACAUUGACUUGGUACACUAUAUCUGGAAUCACAUGUCAUCGUAUGCUCAGUCACCUUAUCUAAGUCUUUUACCAAAAGCUCUCAUAAGUCUGUCUAGUUGAACUUCUUUUAGUGUUCCCCAAUGCUGUCAGUUUGAGACCUAGGAGUGAGGGUCAGGUUGCUUUACAGAAUUCCAUUUUCUCAAGUCUGGCACCUCUCACACCACAUCACCAAAUCUGUCCAGUGACAGUUUGGCCAUCUCCCAUAAUAAUGGAAGACAUGGAGCACGUUCUUCUUUCUACCAGGUUUGCACUGUGGCCUCUGUGUACUGACCAGUGUAGCCCUAACUCCUCUCUGGUUGAUAAAGAGUCUCACAUAGACAACUGUCCUGUGUUGGUUUUUCCUAGGCCUUUAGCAGCCAUAUUGGCUCUCCCUGUCUGAGCUCUGGACCUCUAUUUGAAUAUUCAAAGAAGUAUGUGGAUAGACCAGAGCUUUGCCCAGCAGCCCACUGGAGGCAUUCUUCAGCCUCCUUUGAGGAAGAUGUCUCAACAGUUACAUUAGUUUUACCCUCUUUGUAUGGGUACCCCUUCAUCAUGGAAGCCAAACUUUCAGCAACUUCCUUCUGCUUGAAAACAAGCCUUGAAUCCCAGAGCAGCAAAAAAGAAAUUUGAGAUGUGGAAUGUCAAAAACAGACAUACUUAAUUUUUGUAGGAAGAGCAGGGCUGCCCUUUUGGUCCUCAGCCAGACAAUCUGCUUUGGAAGUCAUGAAGUACAUACCAUAGCAACUGACAAGAAAAGACAGCAACAAAACCUCUCCCCGGGCCCAAUUAGUGCAGGUUCUGACCCUGACACAAAAGGACACCAUACACAUCUGUUGUGUCUUUCAAGCAGUGGGAUCAGUGAGUAAACUCUAUAUGUGGGCAUCAUCUUAGAAUUAGCGAGGUCUGACCAGAUUCCAGCUUUUUCACCUAACUUGCCACUUGAUGGAGUGGAGAUUUCACCCUUCUCACCAUGGUUGUGAGGAUUGGAUGAAUAGCAGACAUGGAGGUACCUAAUCAUCAGAUAUGGUCAGAGUUCAUGAAAAGGAUAUUUGGUAUCUGGAAAAUAUGUAAACACCUCCACAGCACUAGCUAAAUAAAAGGAUAAAAUGCCAACCAGGUCUCACCUGGUGAAUGUCUACAUGCCUGCCCCAUGACAGCUUGUGCUAAGGAAGUGUUAAUCGUUUAGAAUAGGCAGCCCACUGGAGGCUCAGGUGAUGAGGUGAACAGGGUCAGCUUGUGAGACAUGGGGGGCCACUGACAAAUCCUAAAGCAGAGUGGCAUGGCCAGGUUUAUUACCUCUGAGAGGCCAGAGUAAGUAAUUUAGACUUGUGAGACUUAGCAGUCUCUAUUACAACUAGCCUUCUCUGCCAUUGUGUCAACAGCCAUAGACAGCAUGAAAUUGCACCUAUGGACACUGAAAUAAGACUCCAUGUUUUUUA